GAACUGGUGCAAAAGGUGCAAUACUUGGAGAAACAAUGUUCUCGAGUAAAUAUUUUUUCAUUUUAGCAAUUUUAUUGCCAGAAAUUAUUGCAAUCCCGUUCUCAAAGGAUGAACGAGUGUUCUUAGAGGUGGACCACGAUAUCGAGCAGUGGCAAUCCGCAGGCUGGAAAUUAACCCAUCGAGUUUUCAAUGAAAGAGUGCGUCUCGCAUUUGCUAUUAAACAUCAAAAUAUUGCGAAAUUGGAGGAAAUUUUCUGGAGCGUUUCUGAUCCGAAAUCUGAAGAGUAUGGACGUCAUCUAAAUAUAAAAGAAAUUAAUAAUUUGGUGAAGCCAACGGACGAGUCAAUGAAUGUGGUAAAGUCGUGGUUGCAAGAAGGCGGCGUUGAUAGCAAACAUUGUAACGAGACUAUGAAUUCAGACUAUAUCAUCUGCGAAAUAUCAUCAGUGAUUGCUGAAAUCUUAUUGAAUGGGGCCAGGUUAUAUCGUUUUCAUCACAAAACAACGUCAAAAUCGGUGAUACGUUCUAUUACGCAUUAUAGUGUUCCGAGAGAAGUCGCAAAGCAUUUAGACUUUGUUGGUGGCUUAUUACGUUUUCCUGCCUUAAAUACUCUUAAAUCAAGCAAACGCUCUGGCGCAGAUUUUGUUCAUGUUGGAGUAUAUCCAGCUGUAUUGCGGUCAAGAUACAAUGUGUCGAAUACAGUAGGUAUGUAUCCUAACAAUAGCCAAGCUGUUGCGCAAUUUCUUGAGCAACACUACAACCCCAAUGACUUAAAGGAAUUUUUUGCCAUAUUUGGGCGUGGAUUUAAGCAUCAUUCUGACGUCACUAAAGUUGUUGGUCCGAAUAGCGGACGGUCUGGUAUCGAAGCUAGUCUUGAUGUGCAAUACAUCAUGAGCCUGGGUGCGAACAUUCCUACGUGGUUCUGGAGUACAGCAGGAAGACAUGAAAGUCAGGAACCGUUUUUGGAAUGGAUUAUCGCGAUAGGGAAUAUGAGCGAGGUGCCGAAUGUUUUCAGUGUUAGUUACGGCGAUAACGAAGAUUCAUUGUCAGUUGAUUACAUGAACCGUAUCAAUGUUGAAUUUAUGAAAGCUGGAGUACGAGGCAUCACUAUCUUGUUUGCAAGUGGAGACAAUGGAGCUGGAUGCCACAAAAACAAAUUCCGUCCAAACUUUCCUUGUUCGAGUCCUUAUGUAACCGCUGUUGGAGGGACCGCGUUCAAUAACCCAUUUGGUAUCGAUGGUGAAUAUGGUUAUGAGAUUAGUGGAGGUGGAUUUAGCAAUGUCUUCAAACGACCAAGUUAUCAAGAAUCUGCUGUAAACUAUUACCUACAAAAUUCUGGAAAAUUACCUAAUGCUUCAUUAUACAGCAAGACAGGACGUGGCUACCCAGAUAUAUCCGCAGUUUGCAAUCAUUUUUGGAUUGUUAAUAACCUUGUCCCAGUACCAGGUGUAAUGGGCACUUCCGCAUCUACCCCAACAGUCGCUGGAAUUAUUUCUCUCGUGAAUGAUAUGCGCUUGCAAAAUAACAAAUCUCCAAUGGGAUUUAUAAAUCCGUUUCUCUAUUCUAACAUGAAAUCCCUAUAUGAUCCAACAAGUGGGUAUAAUGAAGGUUGUGGUGAGCCUGAUCGCGGGUUUUAUGCCUUCGUUGGUUGGGAUCCGGUGACUGGAUGUGGAACACCGAACUACCCAGCUCUGGUUGAAGCAGCGUUAAAAUUAGGAGGCAACUCGCCCCAUGGCCAUGAUCACCGCUUAUUAACGAUCUGAACAAUUGCAAGCAUAGACUAUCUAAUCCAGUUCAUGAUAAUUUUAGGGUAAGAAUAACAACAUAACGGGUCGGGUGAUUUUUGUAGUUCAUUGAGAAAAAUAAAAUUUGCUCACAUCAA